AUGUGGAGCGUGAGCAGCGAGAUCACACUAGAGAGAACACUGGCGCUGUACAAUUUUUCCAGCGCUGUCAACCAUGAGCACGGCCUUGGUUCUCCGCUGACCUACCGCCUCUUUGCUGACACUUCGGUCGGCAUCAAGUACCUCAUCCAUGAGAAUUUCGAGCGAAUGUCAUUCAUGGAUCAGCAAACCCUCAAGCGCCUUUACUGGCUGAUUUAUGCCGGCCAGUGCACCUGCGAUAUGCAUGGCAGACAGCUACUGGUGCUGCGUCAUGCGCAUGAAGCUUUCGGUCAUCUAAUUCCGUUGGAAAUUAGCGACAUACAGUUACUACAUGGUGCUGACGCAAGCUCCGCUGAAGACACCGGUCCGUGCUUUUCGUAUGUCCCGGGACUCAACGUACUUUCCAGGCUCUUCAUGGUAUGGCAUUCCAGCCAAGCGAUCACAACUCAAACUAUGAAUAAUUUACAUGAGCACAUCAUGCGCGCUCAGCAAUUGCUUGAAGACGUGCCCCCAGAACUCGCGUGGCGACCGCCUCAUGCCGUUGGACAGUUCGCCUUCAAUGUGCAAAAGGUCAAUCUCAAGGUUACGCAACUGCACAUUCGAUCCAACCUGCUUGAACAGAUGAACACUUUGGCCAAGGACCAAAAUAUGCGAGUCACCCCGGGCACUAUCAUCGAUGAGCGACAUCGCGUGGUGGACGAGCUGCUCGAUGUCCUAUACAACAUGCCAGAAGAGGUAUUUGAUGCUAACGGAUAUAGUAUUGUGCCGAAAAUUAGAGACAUUGGUGGCGCUCUUCUGGAUGAGCUGCGAACCGGAUCGCAAGGCACCACUCUACAAGCAAGCAUAAAUUUGGAUAAGCUUUUAGCGAAGUUGGAGAGCCUAGAUCAACGAGUUGCGGUGCAAACACCAUAUGUCUGA